GGCAGCACUGCAUAGAAGGAGAACUUGUUCUGUUCACUCAGUGUGAUCUGAGAGCCAUGGAGUUCAAAGGGGGACUGUCGGACGAGGCUGUGUCUAAUGCCUGCAAAGAGGGCGAUCCCAUGACUAAGGACUACAUGAUGCAGCAGACGAUGCUGAGGGUCAAAGAUCCAGCAAAAUCUCUGGACUUCUACACCCGAAUCCUGGGCAUGAUCUUGCUCCAGAAAAUCGACUUCCCCUCAAUGCGUUUCACCCUCUACUUCCUGGGAUACGAGGACAAAGCAGACAUCCCGGCUGACAUCAAAGAGAGGACGGCGUGGACUUUCUCUCGCCGAGCCACCAUAGAGCUCACACAUAACUGGGGUUCAGAGUCAGAUGAAAGUCUGUCGUACCACAAUGGGAACAACGAGCCGAGAGGAUUUGGUCACAUUGGUGUCGCUGUUCCCGAUGUUUACGCUGCCUGCAAAGUCUUUGAAGAGCAAGGAGUGACGUUUGUCAAGAAACCAGAUUCAGGUAAAAUGAAGGAUCUGGCCUUCAUUCAGGAUCCUGAUGGCUACUGGAUUGAGAUUUUAAGUCCUAACAACAUGGUCUCAUUAAUGGCACCUUAAAGCAGAGAAACACCGGGGGAAACACUCAGGGCAUCAUGGUGGAGAAAACACUGCUGAAACAAAAGAAGACUUUUAUUUUGUACAUGACAAAGCUUUGAUACGCACAUCAACUCUGUCCAUUACAAGCAGCAACCUCUGGGGUUGACACAUUAAGCCAACUCGAAGUGCCAAAAACUGCAGUUCCUGUAAUGGCCACUUGAGGCUGGCUCCAAAACAGAGUCAGUUCCCUUAGACCACCCAUGUUAAAAUGUCCAGCAUUACAACAGAAAUAAACACGUUUACAGCCUGGUGCAAGAAA